CAGGAAAGAAGGGAAGAAGGAAGGAGAAGAAGAAGAGAGGGAGGCGGAGGAGGAAGGUGGCGGCGCCGUAGCGGAGGAGCAGGAGCCGGAGGGGGAUGGAGAGGAGAAGGCUCCUGGGUGGCAUGGCGCUCCUGCUCCUCCAGGCGCUGCCCGGUCCCCUGUCAGCCAGAGCUGAACCCCCGCAGGAUAAGGAAGCCUGUGUGGGUACCAACAAUCAAAGCUACAUCUGUGACACAGGACACUGCUGUGGACAGUCUCAGUGCUGCAACUACUACUAUGAACUCUGGUGGUUCUGGCUGGUGUGGACCAUCAUCAUCAUCUUGAGCUGCUGCUGCGUCUGUCAUCACCGCCGAGCCAAGCACCGCCUUCAGGCUCAGCAGCGGCAACAUGAAAUCAACCUGAUCGCCUACCGGGAAGCCCACAAUUACUCAGCGCUGCCAUUUUAUUUCAGGUUUUUGCCAAACUAUUUACUACCUCCUUAUGAGGAAGUGGUGAACCGACCUCCGACUCCUCCCCCACCGUAUAGUGCCUUCCAACUACAGCAGCAGCAGCAGCAGCAGCAGCCGCUGCCACCUCAGUGUGGCCCUGCAGGUGGCAGCCCCCCAAGUGCUGAUCCCACCUGGGGUUCUCAGGGGGCACAGAGCAGCCCCUUGGCUCGGCCCAGUGGAAGCAGCACGAGAUCCCCAAGCACCUCUGACCCUCAGCCUUCUGACGUGCCAGCUGACCAAGCAGCCAAUAAAGCCCCGGGAAUGGAACCUAGUGGCUCAGUGGCUGGCCUUGGGGAGCUGGACCCCGAGGCCUUCCUGGACAAGGAUUCAGAAUGUAAGGAGCAGCUGCUAAAAGAUUCCAGCUCAGAGCAUGGUGGUGCACUCCUUGACAGCAAAGACAAGACACCCGGCAGACAUCGCCGCUUCACAGGUGACUCGGGCAUUGAGGUGUGCGUGUGCAACCGGGGCCACCAUGAUGAUGACCUCAAAGAGUUCAGUACACUGAUUGAUGAUGCCUUGGAUGGUCCCCUGGACUUCUGUGACAGUUGCCAUGUGCGACCUCCUAUCGAUGAGGAGGAAGGGCUCUGCCAGCCCUCUGAGGAGCAGGCUCGAGAGCCUGGGCACCCCCACCUGCCACGGCCACCCGCGUGCCUGCUGCUGAACACCAUCAAUGAGCAGGACUCCCCAAACUCCCAGAGUAGCAGCUCCCCCAGCUAGAGCAGGCCUUGCCUGUACCUGAGAAUUCGGCAAGUGACCAGGGCAGAGAAGACCCACGAGAGAAGCAUUAAGUGACUUUCAGAAGAAGUGGUACCGCCACUUUGUUCUCUUUUUGUUUGUUUGUUUUUCUCUCCUACAUUUCCUACAUCUACAGGUACAGUUUGGGGUGUGGAUACCUUCCCCCCACAAAAGCGCAGUGUUGUGGAGGACUGAGUAGCUGGUUCUGUCACUCAUACCCCUUUCUCGUGUCCUUCUUCCGUUUUCAAGUAGUAUCUCACCCAUCUGCUUGGGUCAGGGAGAUGUGUGUUUCAAAAAGCCCCUAAGGAGUUGGGGCUGGGACUGUACCCUGACAGGAUCCUUGGUGAUGGAGUAGAUUUAUGCUUGGUUUUAGUUUAAGAGAACUUUGCUGUAUCUCAGUCCAGGAGAGGCAGCUCAUCUUGGCCUUGCAUGAAGAAGGAAGCCCCCAGGGGCUUAGGCAUUGCCACUUGGGGCUGCCAGUAUCUAGAGCUGGCAUUGAGCUAAGCCUGUAGAAGGAUGAGAGCUGCCAGGCAAGUAGGUUAACAGGUGGAUUGUUGGGCUCUGAAAACCCAGAUGACAAAUUCAGUGCACUGCUGUGCAUCUUGAGGAGUAGCUCUACUGGCUUGAGCUGAUUCAGGUUAUACUGUCCAACAAGUAACAAAAGCCAGUUGAAAACAAGAACAUUACCAGUGGGCAGGUGGCAGUUCGCUUCUGGACAAGAUGGCCUUCAAAGAGCCUAGCUGCAGUGGAUUCAGAAGGGAAUGGGCUCAGGCCUGCAUGGUGGUGGCUCUGCGCUUUCUGUGAGCAGCAGGGUAGACACAGGUGCAGCUGCCUGCAUCUCUGCCCUGUGGCCUGUGCCCACAGGUGAGCGGUGUCCUUAUUCAUCCCAAGCACAUGGUCUGCGGGCCUUUGUAUCUUUCUGUCCUUUGUGAACAGAUGGACUGCAGAAGCUGUGCAUCUUGGGAAAGGCAGCCCCUUAGCCUGGCUCUCAGUAUUUUCUCUUUGAUUCUAAGUCUUGUUUGUUUUCAACCGACCACUUUGGAAGAGACACCUUGGUUAUCUGUGGUUCUCUUGGCCUGUUGCUGCCCCUUUUGAGUGGGAUGCCUCACUUUCCUGUAGCCUGUGUAGAGUCCCAGGGGCCCUGGGCCGGCAUGGAGGGCUGCCUCCAGCAGGACCACAGAGCCUUGUUAUUGUUUGCCUUCAGAGAACCAGUAGAGCUUUGAUAGGAAAACUCGGAAAGAAGCAAGCUGCCGAAAUUAACAUUCCCCGUCCAACCCUGUUCAUGAGAGUUUGGUUCUUCCUCCACUCUUGAAUGAUGAUGUUCAGACUAGGCGUUGACAAUAUGGUAAGAAACAAAAAGAGAAAAAAAUAGAUAUAUAUACAAAAACAGACAAAUCCAAGACUGUGAGGCGAAUGAGUGUCUGCAUUUGGAUGCCACAAAACCAAAAUCCAUGUCGAACAAAGUGAAGUCUGUACACAAUGACUUUGAGUGAUGUGUGUGUGUGUAUGUAUGUGUAUAUGUGUAUAUCUAUAUGUCCGUGUUGUGUGGUGUAUGUUGUGUUUGAGCUCCGAGCCCUGUGUUUCUGUGAAGCUACUUUGAACGGCAGCCAUUCUGCUCACGUUAGGCACAUCUGGAGCAGGUAUGGCCCUCUCAAGGUAAUUUAUUUUACGCAUUUACUGUUUACCGAACAAACAUCUGCCUGUGUACUUGGGUGUAUUCAGCAGCAUGUUGGUGGCAGCCGCCUGUGUUUGCCAGUGACACUGCUUUCCAGGGAGAGGUUUCGCUCUAAUCACUGCAAUUUGCACAUUGCUCCGUGGACACUCAGAGGCCUGUGUUCUCUUCCCUGUACAUGGAAACAUGCUCCGAACCCAUCUGCCUUCCUCUGUUGAUCCUUGCCCUCCACGUCAGCCCACAAGAGUGUCCACAGCCACUGGGGACAGGAGCUUGGUUGGAUCUUCAGUGAUGAGCUUGAACCGGCUAUGGCCCAGAGCUUGACUGUCAAGAAUUGCUAGGAGGCAUUGGCAGACACCUCGGUGCCACAGUCCGCACUGUCCUCCACGACACCUGACAGGCUCCAACAGGCUGGUGUGGAGUGCAGCCGCAGCCCUUCCCUGUCGUGCCACCUUCUUUAAAUCCUAAACUCACUGAAGUGGCUCAGAGGAGAGCAAGAACAAAUCCUCCUUCACUUACCUGGUCAAAUGAUGAGUUCUGACCCUCUCAAGCUUUGUUCCCCAGUCACUCACCACGGCCUGAGUGUGACUGUUGGCUUUGCUGCAGCGUCCUGUCCUGAAGGCCUGAGAAGAAGGCGACGGCUGAGCUGAGCUUGAUGGUGAAGUCACAGUCUGGUCGCUGCUGCUGAGAAAGAGCAAGUGAGAGCUGGCAGUGGGGAACUGAGGGAAGAGUCGGGGCCAGAGUAGACUUAGAUUGAGUCUGGUUUGUGUCUCGAUUGAGCUAGGUGAAUGGGAAGGAAAGGGUUGGUGGAGGGUUUGGUGCUACAGCUGGAAGAUUUGCAAAUGCUAACACAUUCCUGUAAGAGGCACAUCCCCAUUUGUCAGUUAUUGUGAAUAUGUGUAUUUUAAGCAAUAAGAUUCAGCUGGUCAGACUUUUCUGGGCAGUCCUGGUGACGCAUUUCCUGUGCUGUGAUUGUUCUGAAGACAGAGUGGCUCUAGCCACUGUGAGAAGCCCAAAUAAAAUUCAAUCCCAAACA